AUGUUGUUUUUAUCGACGACUGCCUGUGCACAAUCAGUAGAUAACGAACUCUUAGCAACCAUUGAUACGAAAAGAGGGAGUAUAGUUCUUCAACUAUACUUUGAUAAGGCCCCGCUGACCGUAAGUAAUUUUGUAGGACUAGCAGAGGGUAUUUUUGCAAAGGAAAAUAACGCAUUACAGAAAAAGGGGAAGUAUUUUGACUCGCUUACAUUUCACAGAGUAGUGGAUAACUUUGUUGUGCAAGGAGGUGAUCCAAGAGGGAAUGGAAGCGGAGGUCCAGGGUAUAGUUUUUCAGACGAAUUUCACCCAGAUCUUAGACAUUCAAAAAAAGGCAUACUUUCAAUGGCAAACUCAGGCCCCAAUACCAAUGGUAGCCAGUUUUUUAUUACCCUUAGUGCUACCCCUCACCUGGAUAAUAAGCACAGUGUCUUCGGGGCUGUAAAAAGCGGCAUAGAAGUACUGGAUGCCAUACAGCAAGGCGAUGCAAUAGAGAAGCUACGAAUAAGUGCACAAGGGAAAGAAGCAACGCAAUUCCUCGAUGCUAUAUCUUGGGACAGUUUUCUUACUCAAAACGCCGCUAUUGAAAACGAGCGCCAAGCAAAGCAGAAGGAGAGAACAUUGGAAAUUAUUUCGGCAAUAGAAAAUGAAACACCAGUAUUAGAAAAAACGCGAGAGGGGAUAUAUAUACGAGAACUAAACCCCGCUGUAGGUCAGAAAGUGCGUGAGGGAGAUACUAUUGCUACCCAUUACGAACUACGCCUCUACGGAGAAGAUGCUAUUAUUGAUAGCUCGUACGCAAGAGGCGCCCCCCUGCAAUUUCAAGCUGGAGCUGGAAGAGUAAUACGGGGAUGGGAUAUUAUUGUGCAAACCAUGUCAGUUGGUCAAAAACUGCGUGUCAUCAUCCCUCCAGAACUAGGCUACGGAAGUCAAGGCGCAGGAGCUGUCAUUCCUGGUAAUAGCUAUCUGGAUUUUAUUGUAGAAAUUAUAAGCAUAGAAUAG